UUCUAAAGUUAAAAACAAAAAAUCAAAUGGAGGCGGGAAGCUCCAGUGAGACGGGAAAGUUGGGUAAAAUGAUAGAUUUAGUUUUGAAUGAUUAUUGGGGGAAUAUAUGUGCUAUUGACAGAGAUAAUGUUCAAUUUGAAAAGGCAGAUGAAUGGACACUACAAACAGUGAAUACAAUACACAAUGACAAUUUCAAUCUUGCUGAUCUGGAGUUCGCUGAUAUUAAUCCUGAUGACUUUAAUCAUUUGAACAAGGGAAACAACGAAUGGUCAAACUUCAAAAAUGGAGCUUUGGAACGUUUCAAUUUACAUAAAUUAACAUUUACUGAAGCACAUAUAAUAAUUGCUUACUUUCAUAAAAAUCUGAAGAAUCACAUAGCGAUUGAUGCAACAACAUCAAUAAUACAAAACGAAAUGAAAAAAAAUAUUUAUUGGCAAAUUAAAGAAGAAAUUGAAAAAUUAAAAACAAAUAAAAAUGUUCAACAUGAAUUAAUUGUCAAAAAAGAAUUGUCUCGAGUUGAAACUUCAAUCGAAUUAAAAGAAAAAUUAAAAGAAUGUGGAUUGUCUGUUUAUGUAUUGAAAUUUGUUUUAAAUGAAAAUCAAGGCGAAGAAAAAAAUCGUUCUGGAUUAAUUAUUCGAGUCUUUACUCGAUUAUUUACAAAAACUCAAAAGAAUGGUAGCGUGAAAGGAUUGUCUGAAAACAUGAAAAAAUAUUUGGAAAAUUUUGAAAAUAAAUGUAAAGAAGAAAUUAAAGAAAAUAAAGAAUUGAGUAAACAGAUUGUAGAAACAAAAAAAUUAAAUGAAGUUAAAACUAAUUUAAUUAUUGAAAUUAACAAAUUUGAAAAUAAAUUGAAUGAAAAAAUUAAAAAAUUGGAGAAAAGAAAUUUAAAAAAUGAAAUUAAAAAGAAUGAAGAUUUGGAAGGAAAAUUAGGGAAGGAAACAAAAGAAUAUAUUGACAGAUUAGAGAAGAAAUUGGUCUUUUUAGUUGGAAAUUAUGAGAAAUUAACAAACAAACAUCCGACUUCACAAGGUAAUGGACAAAUAAAUACUUCAAGUUUAUCAGCAAUUCUUUAUUGUUUGACAAAUAAAUUUUUGGAAAUAUUUAAUGAAGAUGGAGUUGUUAAUAUGGAUAUUUUAUUACAAAAUAUUUCAAAUACAAAUCUGAUAGAAUAUGGACUGGAAAUGAAUGAAAAAUUGGGAAAGAAAAGAGUUGAUAAAAUGUAAAAAAAUAUACAGUAAAUGUCCUAGUAAAAGCCCUCGGUUUAUAUUUUUCAAUGGGUCUCAUUAAUUUGGAAUGGGUUCUAUA